GGGUGGCGCGCGCGCGCGAGAGAGUUCCUGGGAUAAAUAUAAGGAAUAAAACCAUCAAGAAGCCCUCUUUGUUUGAAGUCUAGCCUUAACAGUAUCCUAAUUAUUAGGAAUCACUGGCAAGGGGGAGAAAACGUGUCUCAGGAGUUUGCAUAGUUCCUGGUCAAUAUAGAAAUGUGGAGUGUCUUGACUGAAUCCUCAUGCAGACAAGAUCAUUAUGGUCCUGGUUGAAAAAAUGUCACAUUAGUUGAAAGAAACAAAGGGGAAUGCCCAGAAGAAAAAGAAAAUAUUGUUAUUUAGAUUGAUCUAUAUGACCAGCCUGUUUGUUGUAAAAGACGAAUCAGCCAAAAGGAGUGAUAUAAGAUCCACUGCAGGUGUAUGAGCAGCAUUACUUCUGCACAAAAGCCUAGACUCACCACAUCUUGGGAAGAGAAUGGCCACUACCUGGGGGGCAGCCUUUUUCAUGCUGGUGGCAUCCUGUGUUUGCAGCACUGUCUUCCACAGAGACCAGCAGACUUGGUUUGAGGGUGUCUUCCUGUCUUCCAUGUGCCCCAUCAAUGUCAGUGCCAGCACAUUGUAUGGAAUUAUGUUUGACGCAGGGAGCACUGGAACACGAAUUCACGUUUACACCUUUGUGCAGAAAAUACCAGGACAGCUUCCAAUUCUGGAAGGGGAAAUUUUUGAUUCUGUGAAGCCAGGACUUUCUGCUUUUGUAGAUCAACCUAAGCAGGGUGCUGAGACUGUUCAAGGACUCUUAGAAGUGGCCAAAGACUCAAUCCCGCAAAGUCACUGGAAAAGAACCCCGGUGGUCCUGAAGGCAACAGCAGGACUGCGCUUACUGCCAGAACAGAAAGCCCAGGCUCUGCUCUUUGAGGUAAGAGAAAUCUUUAAGAAGUCACCUUUCCUGGUACCAAAUGACAGUGUUAGCAUCAUGGACGGAUCCUAUGAAGGCAUAUUAGCUUGGGUUACUGUGAAUUUCCUGACAGGUCAGCUGCAUGGCCACAGCCAGGAGACUGUGGGGACCCUCGACCUGGGGGGAGCCUCCACCCAAAUCACAUUCCUACCCCAGUUUGAGAAAACCCUGGAACAAACCCCUAGGGGCUACCUCACUUCAUUUGAGAUGUUUAACAGCACUUAUAAGCUCUAUACACAUAGUUACUUGGGAUUUGGAUUGAAAGCUGCAAGACUAGCAACCCUGGGAGCCCUGGAAACAGAAGGGAUUGAUGGACACACUUUUCGAAGUGCCUGUCUACCGAGAUGGUUGGAAGCAGAGUGGAUCUUUGGGGGUGUGAAAUACCAGUAUGGUGGCAACAAAGAAGGGAAGAUGGGCUUUGAGCCCUGCUAUGCUGAAGUGCUAAGGGUGGUCCAAGGAAAACUUCACCAGCCGGAGGAGGUCCAGAGAAGCUCUUUCUAUGCUUUCUCUUACUAUUAUGAUCGUGCUGUUGACACAGGCAUGAUUGAUUAUGAAACAGGGGGUGUUUUAAAAGUUGAAGAUUUUAAAAGAAAAGCAAGGGAAGUGUGUGAUAACUUGGAAAACUUCACCUCAGGCAGUCCUUUCCUGUGCAUGGAUCUCAGUUACAUCACAGCCCUGUUGAAGGAUGGCUUUGGCUUUGCAGACAGUACUGUCUUACAGCUCUCAAAGAAAGUGAACAACAUAGAGACAGGCUGGGCCUUGGGGGCCACCUUUCACCUGUUGCAGUCUCUGGGCAUCUCCCACUGAGGCCAACCCCCCUUCUUCUAAGGACUUCAUUUGCCAACAAGCUUUUUAAAAGUAAAAGAAGAAAGGACUCAGAAAUGUUCUGAGCUAGUCUGAGGAUAGCCUGGACUGAAGCCCAACAGCUGGAUUCAUCAGGUAGAAGGGGCUUUUGGACACAGGUCUUGUCCUUGCAUCUAGAAAUUUGGGUCAAAUUAAUUUUAUACAUCUAAUGUGAACUGUUGAUCUAACCACUCUGCUUGCACAGCUGGCACCAGAGUCUAAAUCUUUGAGAUUCUUUGUGUGUCACAGAGCCAAAAUGAAUAGCUUUGAAACUUGGAGAAUCCAAGGACUAGUCCCUGGGAACCAAAGAAAAAUCUCAUUUCAGCCCUUUGAGUGCCUCAUUCCUUUGAACAUACUAAUUUUCCUCUUACAUGUGAAACUAAGCCCACUGAUUGCUAUCCCAUGACCUGUCAACACCAGUAUUUUUCUCCUCCCUACACAUUGCCAUGUCCCACCCUUAUUUCCACUCACCACCCAAAAAAAAAAAAAAAAGAAAGAAAGAAAGAAAUAUCUGGAUUUACUUUUCAUGUGUAAUUCAAGGGAGAGAAAAAGGUAACAUAUCUGAAAUUAUGUGAUCCUGCUUUGUGCCAGUUCUAGUCAGCCAGCUGCGAGCCAUCCUAAAUCUUGGCAGGUUGGAGAGCAGCUCCUAACUGUGCAGACCCUAGCAUAAAUAAGGAAGACAUCCAGUCUCUAGGAACAGGAUUUGGGGGUGUGUGUGUGACUCCCUUGAAUAACUACCUUCUUUUAAUCAACUUUUAAUCAGACAACCUUGAGAUUAACAUAUCCAACUUUACAGGAAUGUGUGUAUUCAGUGCUAGUACCUCCUCCAGGCUAAUGUGUUUAUAGUAAUUUCUUAUCCUAAACAUGUUUUCUUUGUAUUUCUAAGAAAUACAUCUACCCUGGCAUCUAGAUUUUGGUCAGAGCUCCUUUCAGUUUUUUAUUUUCUCCAUUUAUAGCAGUAUCUCUUCCUGUCCUGGCCCUGAUCAUUUUAACUAAUUUCCUCUAAAUCAUUUGCCUAGUUCCACAGUUUCUGAUAUCCUUCUUGGGUGGUACCUAACAUUCGAUUUGGUUGGCCAUCUUGGCCCACAUAGGUACUAUGGAUUCUCUUUUUGAGUUUGAGCGCACAGAGCUCUUGAUUUUGUGAAUUGUUUCCCUUAAAAUUCAUUAUCUUGUAUUUUUUUUUUUUUUACGUGACUAUUAUUCGCAGCUUGUCUAUCCACUCAAGUGCUCUUGGACUUGAAAGAUCUUUCUAUAAUCUGGCUCUUUUGCCUUGGCCCAUUGCCUCCAGCUACUUUCCAACAGAGUUUAUAUCUCCCCAAACUUGUAGCCUUCACAGAAGACUCUUUCAGCUCCUUCAAAAAAGAUGUUAAUAUCCCUGGCUCUUACAUCAGCUCUUGGGGAGCUUUAUUUCUUAGUCAUUCCAUUGAGUCAAUAAUAUUUGACAUGUGGUAUGUACAAGUAACUAGGCAAAUUUCCAUAUCCUCAUCCCCCAAAUUUUAGUUGUUUUUUACUACAAUGUGGAAUUUCUUCAGAUUCUUCUGACUUUUAUUAUACUUAGGUCACUUUUAUAUCUGUUGUCUUUCUCAAAAACUGCUACAUAAUGAAAUAAGAAUCUUUAAGAUUGGAAACAGCCAAAGAUGUUGGCUGUUAUGCGUUUGAGUCCCAUGUCAACCUUCUGCCCAUCAGAGAAUUCCCUUAACACGUCCAACUGGUUAUCAUUCAGCUUUUGUUUAGGCAUGUAUUCAGAGAGCUCAUUCCAUUUUUGGACUGCACUGAUGUUAAAAAAAAAAAAUCCCCUUUAUAUUGAGCUGAAGUAACCUGUUUUCCCAGUGUCUUAGUUCUGCUCUAAUCCCUCCUUCCACAGCCUUUCAGUCUUUUGAUUAAACUCCCAAGUCCUUUAUGGUCUCUUCUUUAACAUACCAUAUGGCUUCUGGACCUAUCUUGUCCAAAAAAGGAGAGUGUUAGAACCAGUCAUCAUAUACUAAAUGUUUUCCAUAUGAUUAGGAAGAGAGACCAUUUCCUCUAGUAGAAGCAAAGUUAUUUUCCCAAAGGUAAACUGUGUUCACUAGACUCAUCCAGCUUGAUGGACCCAGAGAGGUAAUUCCAUGGUCUUUACCAUCACAGCUUGUCUCUGAAGCUUAUCAACAGGCCAGGUGGUCUUCAGCCAAUUCCUUUGGUCCUCCCAGAUACCUUCAGAAAGAUUGGGUAGAUGCCAUAUAAUUCCUGAAGUGUAUCUACAUAUAUUCUGGUUAUCUUGAUAAGGACAUUUGGAGAAUAAGUGUAUCCAAUUUGGGAGCAAUUUGGAAUGAGAAUUUGUAUUUCUUAGAAAAAACAAUUUUUCUACAAUAUCCUUUCUGCCCUUUAGUGUACCUUUUGGGUCUCUUAUUAAGGGGUCCUACAGAAUCUAAUAUUGCUGGUUGUUUCCUUUCUGUAAAUGUGUUUGUAAUAUUUCAAAUACUAAGGACAUGGCCUGUCACAUAGUGGAUGUUCUGUGUUUUUUUACCUUCACCAUCAUAUGAUGAACAUCCUGUGUAGGUUGUAGAGGUCCUUGCCUUAACAUUCUUCCUGUGUUGCCUGAUUUGGUUUGCAUACUUCUGAAGUCCAUGUUCUCCUUACCUGGGUGAGCCACCUUUCCAUUUUUUGUUAAAGAUGACCUUUUUUCCCUAUAGUGACCUUUCUGGACUCUGCCAGUACUCACACAGCUUUUCACAGUAACUGUCAUAUUCCAUCUAGGCACAUUUUUCCUGAGACUCCAGGAAGGUUUGUGACUGUCACUUUUUUUAACAUCUUAAAAAUUUUCUGCAUUUGCCUUGUAAAGCUUCCCCUGUGGUAACAAAUUUCUCAUUCCUUCAGGAAUUAUUUCAGUAGCUUAGUUUGGUUCAAAAGCAGACUGUUUAUUCUCAUUUCACCUUCAAAUCAGACUUCUGGGCAAGAUAUUUUUCAAUGUACAAAUCCAGUGGAUGAACUAAUCUCCUUAAAAGAAUUCUCUGGUACUAUGAAGUGAGGUUUUUCAAAAACCCAAAGCAAGACACCCCUUCUCCUGCAAGUCAGCCACCAGUCUGCAACCAAACAUGAACAGAUUCUGCUGCUAAUCGAAUUUCCUUUUUGACCUGAUUCCUUUUGUCAAACCUGUGCAAUUAAAUUAUUUAUUGUUUUAUUACUGAACAGACAAUGGUGUCCCAGAGAGGAACCAUAAAUAAAAUUGAAACCUGGUGCUGUGAUAAGGAAAUAACUAACAUUAAUAAGAUUUUUUUCCAGAAAGUCCAGUGUGCACUUUAACAAAGGUUCACGUAAUUUAUGUGUCAUUUGCAUUGUGUUAGGAAUUUUAAAACAGCAAUUCUAACAAAAAAUGCAUGAAUUGGGUAUUUUUAAUUUUUAUCUUCAUUAGAAAGCAAUUGUGUAAAUUUAUGACCAGCAUUAAAAAGAAUUACAUAAAUCUUUUUUAUUAUAUAA